AUGGAUUUAAGUUUCAUUUUGAAUCCGAUUUGCUCAGUACCACUAAAGGCCGAAAAGACACGACCUCAAAAUUUACAAGAUGCUUCUGCAAAUAAUACAACCUACUCCUACACUGCUCUGAAAUGCCCGGAUGAGAUCCGUUUGCUCAUAAUCGAACCUGGAAGACCUUCAGAAGCUGUGAAAUGCAACCUUGUUCACACUCGUCUUUCUCAUACGCCAUCAUAUGAAGCCUUGUCAUACACAUGGGGGACAGAAGAGAAGCCAGGCCGGAUAUCUUGUGGACAAGAGGGGCACAUUUCGGUCACUCAAAACUGUUUUCACGCCAUCAAACGUCUGCGAUACAAAGACCGUCAAAGAGUCACAUGGAUAGACGCGGUUUGCAUCGAUCAGCCUAGCAUUGCUGAGCGCGGCCACCAGGUUGCAAUCAUGCCAUCGAUCUACCGGCAGGCGAAAAAAGUGAUUGUAUACCUGGGUGAGUCGACAGAAGAUAGUGGUAUCGCUAUGGAAUACCUCAAAAGCCACGAAUUCAUCAACGACGAUGCAACAUCAUUAUCACCUUCACACUCCCAACUGGCCUUAUGGAAGCUUCUUUCGCGUCCUUGGUUCUCCCGACUAUGGGUUCUUCAGGAAAUAUUCAUGUCUGCAUCUGCAGAUGUGAUCUGCGGUCACAAGAGCGUUCCUUGGGCCUGUUUCCGGCGACUUGCGAAAUGGAAUCCUCAAAACUCGCUCCAAAAAAUACCUCUUGUUAUGUCUGUCAGCAGCUAUCGCACCAUACAAGAUCCUUCUAUUCAGGACUUCUUCAGACUGCUCUGCAAUACCCGCGAUUGUGGAUGCAAGGACCCUCGAGACCGAAUAUUUGCCCUCUUCUCGAUGGGACCAGAGGACCUGCACAAAAGCCUGAAUAUCGACUACCAAGAGUCUACUGAGACAGUUUUUACAAACACGGCCAUCUAUCUAAUCAAUUCUAUCGGUCUAGAUGCGUUGUGUGGGGUGGGAGGAAGAGAGGGAAGCAGCAGUCUACCUUCAUGGGUUCCCGACUGGAGGAGACCAGUCGGUUCAACACCAAUGAUAGAUUUGGUGGACGAAGCUGGCUCUGCCGGAGGAAGGCGGCAUGACCAAGCCUUCAAAUUCUUCAACUCUCACCAGACAGGGCAAAAAACGGUUCUUCAAACUUUUGGCUGCCACUUUGGUAAGGUUGAAUCUUUAGGAGACAUCGUUUUGUCGGACCGAAGCAACUUGGGCCAUGUCAUUGGCCAGGGUUGGAAAGAUUUCACUGGUAAUGAAACCUCGAACCUUCAAUCCUUGAUUUUCAGGCAGUCAUUCUUUCGGACUCUGUACAUGGAUGCCAAGACUACAACUCCAUGGGCUGGGAGGCGUCUUGAGGAACCACCGGGUAACUCUUAUGUGGCAAUCAAUUAUGAAUAUGAAAUAAGAGAAUCUAGCUCUCAGAAGCUUAGGGACAAAAAGCUCUACUUGGAGAAGAACUUGGAGCAGAUGGUGGACGCAUGGGACAAGCUAAAACAAGAGCUAUCUUGCGAGAGCUUCCCGUUCGCGAAGCGGAAGAGACUCUAUUCCUGCUGUACAGGGCGCCGGCUAUGCAAGACUCAAAAGUCGUUUAUUGGGUUGUUCCCAGCACAAACACAGCUGGGUGACAAAAUAUUUAUCCUGAGAGGAGCAAGAUGUCCGUUUGUUCUUCGCAGAGAACAUGAUCGCUACGUCAUGGUCGGGCCUUGCUUUGUUUGGGAAGCCAUGGCUAGGCGCCAUUCUCGUGCUCAAUUCACGGAGAUUACUAUUUGGUAG